CAAUCUAUUCUUUUUCUUUCUCUCCAAUAUUAAUCAUCAAAUCAAGAAGAAGAAAAAGAAAAUCAAAAUCUCUCUUCAAUUUUCCUUUCUCUUCUCAUACUUCCCGGAACCUUCUCUUCUCUUCACUCUUAUUCCAUGGAUUCCAUCCUUUCAUUUUCAUCUAUUUCAUAAAUAAUAUUCAUAUUCAUAUAUUAUACGAUCUAUAAAGUUUCCCUUUCCCCUUUUUUAUAUUUAUUUUUAUUAAUCUCUUACCCAAACUCAUCUAGUUAUAUUAAUUAUAUUUUGAUUUCGAUAUACUAGAGAGAGAAAUGAGAUGAGGCCGAUUCAACUUCCACCUCCAACCGCCACCGGUUCAGCUUCCGCCACCGGUUCUCCAAUCAACAAUAACCGUCAUCAGCGCCGCCGUAGAGACCUAACCCUUCCUCUUCCACAACGAGACACAAAUCUAGCCGUUCCGCUUCCGCUGCCUCCUUCCGGCAGUGGAAGCGGCGGUAGCGGCAGCGGAGGAAGCGGAAACGGAAACAAUAACAACGCUGGAGGAGGACAAGGAUCGAGUCAACAACUAGUGAUUCCGUUUUCCGAACUCGAACGGUUGAACCGGAUCGGUAGCGGUUCCGGCGGAACGGUUUACAAGGUAGUUCACCGAACAACCGCUCGCGUUUACGCGCUUAAGGUGAUAUACGGACAUCACGAAGAAUCGGUUCGCCGUCAGAUCCACAGAGAAAUCCAGAUCUUGCGAGACGUAGACGAUCCAAACGUGGUGAAGUGUCACGAGAUGUACGAUCACAACGCCGAGAUUCAAGUUCUGUUAGAACACAUGGACGGUGGUUCACUCGAAGGAAAACACAUCCCUCAAGAAAAUCAACUUGCUGACGUGGCACGUCAGAUCCUCCGUGGACUCGCUUAUCUUCACCGCCGUCACAUCGUUCACCGUGAUAUCAAACCGUCGAAUCUGUUGAUAAAUUCGCGUAAACAGGUGAAGAUCGCUGAUUUCGGUGUAGGUAGGAUUCUGAAUCAAACGAUGGAUCCGUGCAAUUCAUCGGUUGGAACGAUUGCGUAUAUGAGUCCGGAGAGGAUUAACACCGAUAUCAACGACGGACAAUACGAUGCUUACGCCGGUGAUAUAUGGAGUUUAGGUGUGAGUAUAUUGGAGUUUUAUAUGGGAAGGUUUCCAUUUGCGGUUGGUAGACAAGGUGAUUGGGCGAGUUUGAUGUGUGCGAUUUGUAUGUCGCAACCACCAGAAGCUCCAACGAGUGCUUCGAUGGAGUUUAGGGAUUUCGUUUCAAGGUGUUUGCAGAGAGAUCCAUCGAGGAGAUGGACUGCUUCCAGGUUGCUUUCGCAUCCUUUUCUUGUUAGGACGGUUUCAAAUCAUAAUCAGAUUCCUCCAAAUCUUCAUCAACUACUUCCUCCUCCACCAAGGCCUCUUUCUUCUUAAUUAUUAUCUAUGAAGCACCGAUACUCGCAAGGACACCAGAUACGACAAUGAUAAUCGGCAAUAACUGAGAAAAUUGAAUUAAUUGAAUGUAAUCAAGUGUCGGUCACGUGUCGGAAAUCGGAAAUCACGACCUAUCUUUGAUUAGAAGUAUCGGCGCUACAUGGAUUGUUAUUAUUAGUAGCUGUAAUUUUUUUUUAAUUAUUACUACUUUGAAAAAAAGAAGAACUGAAUUGGUGAGAUUAGAUGUUGAUUUGAUCUUUUCUUCAUCACCGUAACAUGAAUCUCUAGCAUUGGCUUGCACUUGCUAUGGCCAUGGCCAACUCUUUUAUUUUUAUUUUUCCUAUUUUUAAUUAUCUUUUAUAAAUGUUGUUAUGUAUCAAAAAUGUAAUCCAAUCCAAUCCUUUCCUUUAUUUGCUUAAAAUUGUUUUAGUGCUUUUCA